AUGAAGGACCUCGUCCUACCGAUUGUCACUGCACCGGAGCAGGACGAAACUAGGCCGGCGUCAUCGUCGUCGUCGCUGCGUACGAGCUCGCGUCGACGUCAGCCCGACAGCGGAGCUGCCAGUACUGCGAUCAUCUCGGUCGACUCUGACGAUGCACGAGCAGCUACAACAGCCUCGACGUCGAGAACCCCAAUAGUCACUUCACCCCUUGCUCCAUCGCCCCGCGACCGCUCCUUACCAUCCACCUCAACACCGGCACCGGCCUCGGCAUUCUCGAGUCGCCCCUUAUCCUCGGCCUCGGCCUCGCGUUCGCCCACUCUCGCCCUCGGUUCGUCGUCACCACUCUUACGCGUCUCAUUCGACGACCUCCACACUCGAACCAGGCACAGCGCACCUUCGACCGGUCAAGUCGACCGGACGCAGAUCGAAGGACUUCGAUCGAGGGGCAAUCCAUCGAAUGAACAUCUGGUGCAUUGGGGCGACUCGCACAAACCACCCUUGGCUCCCCCACUACUAGCAGCAAGCGAUCAUGGAUCCUCGACUCGCAAAUCCGGAGGAGGUGGAGCAAGAGCCCUGCUGAGGAAAGCAAGGAGUUUCACCAGCUCGCCGACGCUUUCAUCAAGUGCCACGUUUGGCUCCGUCGCACCGCGCGACAAGUCCCCAUAUCGAGAACCCAAGCUUCCGGCCGUUCCGAUUGUGCCGACGCGGAAGGGGAAGGAGAAGGCCGUAGAGCAGCAGCCACCACCACCUCCUCCACCGAGUUCGACUUCACAUUGGUUGUUCUCGCCGCUGGUCUCACCACCGGUGCAUGCCGAUGCAGCAAGGCCGCAGGUUUCGUCCGUCCCGACACAGACCGCUUCAUCUGUCGACGCUCUAUCCGCGCGCGACACAUCGUCCAGCGAAAGGGAAGCGAAUCGGAAGAAAGGCUCAGCAACUUCCAGGCGGAGUACGUUCUCCAUCUUUCGACGGAACGCAAGCCAGAACGAUACGCAUACCCUACCCGUACAGGCGACUUCGACGCCAGAUUCGACGACCUUCGACUCUCCUUUCCCUUCACCGUCGACGCCGCUGACGGCCGAAUCAUACUCGUUGCCGUCUUUACCUGCGCUACAACUUUCGACGAACCCAUAUCGGAUGUCGUGGGGCUUUGGAACUGGCUCGGCCAAUACUUCAGAUCCCAGAAACUCGCCUCAGCGAGCGGGCCCACCUUCGACGACCCUUCAGGCAGGCAGUUCUGCUCUACCGAGCCCUUCAGUACCCCAGUCGGCUUCCAAGAUGACUCUAGCCAAACCGAUCAGCUCAAGCUUGCGACGCAACGGCUCAUGGGCCGGUUUGACCAGCUCUUCGAGCUCGGGUAAAGGGGCGCUCAAUGGGGAUGUGACGAUGACGGGUGGCAAUGGUGGGCUCGGGGUUGUAAAUCCUCCUCUCACGAAUCCAGCUACGAGGAGGGUCUUGACGAGGGCUUCGAGGAGUUAUUCGGAUGGGUCGCAGAGGCCGAUCUCAAUUGUCGUGCAGUCGGAUGAUAAACCUGGUGAGCAUCGCACGCCCCCAUCAUCGCUAGCAGGAUUACUGAUGCUUGCCCCGAUUCGUAUGUAGCAGUUACUCCGGUCCCGGUCCCGGUGCCGGCAGCGCCCUCGCAACUUCGAAGACCCAAAACAUCCGGCAGCAUCAGUUCAGACCGCGAGCGACCCGUCGGCGUUUUCGGUGCCGUCUCCAACUUUUUUAGUGGCUCGGCCUCGUCUUCAUCAUCGUCAAACCUAGCAGCCACCGUGAGCAGUGCCAGCAUGUCCCGCGCCAGUUCCAACAAUUCGCUCAAGUCAAAAGCGACAACCAUUUCACCCACCUUGGCGAACGAGACGAACGAAUUCGGCGCAUUGUUCAGUGCGGCAUCGUCGCCUACAAAGGGACGGAUGCGAGGUUUGAGUGUCGGAGCGGGAAUCUUCGGCGGUUCCAGCGACGGAAGGAAACGCGCGGGUAGCUCUUCGAGUCUAUCCAAUAGCUGGAUACCACCUACUGCGACUGCAGUCGCUGCACCAACAGUGGGUGGGAUGUUAGCGCCUACCGAAGGUCCUUCGACCCCGACUUCGGGACGAUUACGAGCGAGUACGGAUCCGAAACGAUUGUCGACCGGCGCGUCCGGAGGAGCCCCGGACGGUUCUUCGUCAACUUCGAUUCCUUCGUCCCCUAAUUUAGGGAUGUUUGCUUCACCCCCAGCUUCACCAACGAUGAUGCGUCGAUCGAGUUUCGCCUUUUCUCGCCAAUCCACCGGCACAUCACCCAACUCCCGCAAGGCUUCGUUCGCAGCUACGACACCUUCGGGCCCAGGGUCCAUGUCAUCAACACAAAUGGCGCGCGGUCGUUCCUCGACAAUGCUUCUCGCCCCUUCGGUACCCAAGAUCGAUCCGGAGGAGGGGGAAACACCAUCAGCAUUUGUCGAUCGACUCGUCUCGCUCUUGACUCGACCCGACGUUUCACGAUGUCUAGCCCAAUCCGCCGAUGCGUUCCAUACGGAGGCUUUGGCGACCUACUUCGCGCGCUUCGAUUUUACCCUUGAUGCACUGGACAUCGCAUUGAGGAGACUCUUGAUGGAAGUCAGUCUCCCCACCGAAACGCAACAAAUCGAUCGAGUGAUGGAGGCGUUUGCGAAAAGGUACAUCCAGUGUAAUGAUGGCUUGUUCGAAUCGAGCGAUACACCGUAUGUUCUGGCAUUCUCGUUGGUGAUGCUUUCGACGGAUCAAUUCAAUCCGAGUAAUAAAAACAAGAUGUCAAAGGCGGAUUAUGUGAGGAAUACCAAAAUCGAGGGGGUGGGGAUGGAGGUGCUCGAGGUGAGUUGUUGGCUUCGAAUUUGCAGGGGUUUGAUUGACCUCGUACCUUGCUGACGCGGAUCGCAACAACGUUCACCAGUACUUUUACGACCAAAUCUCCGUCGCCCCUUUCGUCUUUGUCGAAGACCUGCCUCAAAAUGGUCCAGGACUGUCCCGACCCGAAGCGGCUUCCUCCAACUCCAUCUUUUCCUCCUCGGCCGGCAAAACCCGACCUGACCCUUACUACCUUAUCACCACCGGCCUUAUCCGCGACCUCCGCAUCGACAUCUCUCUCGCGAUACCUUCGCGUUCACCCUUUUCCUUCACGGGUACGACAUCUUUUUUCAACGCGACGACCCUGCAUCGGCUAUUCGCACAAGCACCUGUCUUGCAAACGCAUAGUCAUUCCUCCACUUCCCUCUCGGCAUCCAACGGUCGAUCCCGCUCCAAAUCCGUCGAAGCCCUCCUCGAAGGAGCUCCCCUAACACUCAUGAACAGCACGACUUCUUACGUACCCCCUUCGACACCGAAACCGAAACAGGAUGUAGUUUCAAACAUCAAGGUCACCAAGGUCGGGACGUUGAGUCGGAAGGAGGAUUUGGCGGAGGGAGGGAAGAAGGCUGCUUCGAGGAAGUGGAAGGCUUGGAGUGUGGUGUUGACGGGCAGUCAGUUGUUAUUCUAUGUACGUCUCUUUCUGCUCUCACGGAAGUAGCUAACUCGCGACAAAGACUUAUCUUGGAUUUCUUGAUCUCCCACAGAAGGACGCGAGUUUCGCAAGCGCUCUCGAGGCGGCGAUCCUACAGCAGCCUCUCAAAGGCUCGCAGCGGUCAGACACUUCUUACACUACCCUCGGCGCGAUCUCUGCCGCUUUCAGACCCGAUGCCGUCUUAUCAUUGGCUCAUACGGCCGCCAUUUACGAUAGUGUACGUUCUCACACAUUUGGGUGCGUGCGACCGUCGCUGAAACGGCUAGAUCGUUCUUCCCCACAGUCCUACCGCAAAUACAGUAACGUCUUCCGCCUCAUCGCCCCCGGAGGGCGUCAAUACCUUUUUCAAGCCGCAUCCAGUGACAACCUUAACGCGUGGAUGCACGCCAUCAACUAUGCUGCAGCUUUCAAAUCGGCUGGUGUGAGGAUGCGCACUUCGGAGCCGACGGCUUCUCCUUCGAUGAGUGGCAAGCCGACGCCGCCUGCGAAUGGACUACCGGAGGUACCAAUGUCUGCUGAGGACGGAUUAGCAAAAAUGUCGGCGAAUGGCUCGUCGGUUGUCAUUCCUUCGCCCAAGCUGCCUUUGAUGAAUGGUGAUCGCGGAGCAUUCGGAGACGAGCAACUUAUGCGCAGGGCUUCACUUUCCUCUCGUGCCGUGGUGCUCAAAGUGAGUCGCAAGAGCAAUGAGUAUGACUGCAUUAGCAUAUUAUGCUUACUUCCGUCUGGCCACUUCACAGAAAAAGCUCGCCGAACUCGAAAAGGAGAUUUGCGAAGCCAAGGACGACCUUCAAGUCGAUUUGAGGCUGGCCAGGAAUUUGGGCGUGUUGACGCCUUUCAAGUCGUCGACGAGGGAGAGGAUUUACCUCGCUUUGCCAGCGAUCGAUAAGAGGAUUAGGCAUGCGAGGAUCAAGUACGUUCAAGGUUGACGUUCGAUCUUGUGGAUGUGAGGGCUCGAUUGCUGAUGUUUUGUUGGUGGUUACUUAGUUUGACCAAGCUUCUGUGUCAUCGCGAGAUCUUAUCGCGCGAUCUGCUCGUCGAAGAUCGACUCCCCUCUCGUCAAGCGUCCCACCGUCGUCGUGUAUCGGAGCAAACCCGAGCCGAACGAACACCCAAGGCACCGAGAGAGCCCUUCGACCCGUCAACAACACCCGCAACGCCUCUCGCGCCACCUCGGCCUUCAUUCGCCAUGAGCGGUGAUCGCACACCGAGCACAACGAGCCGAGACUCGUUCGAUUCCGCUCUGGACGACUUUGGAGUUCCUGCGCCUCAGUCGUGGACGGAUGAUGAUCUUGAUCGAUUGAGGACGCCUUCUUUGGAAGGGUCUUUUCCACCGAGGAUGAAGAGGAGUACGACGGAGACGUUCGGAUCUGCGAGUUUCCACUUCGAUGCUGGGGCUCGGACCUCAGGUGGGAUUGAUGCUUCGCGUAGCACGGACGACCUCGAGGCCAGGAUGACGACCUUACCUUCCUCACUUAUCGACUCGCCCGUACGAUCGGCCGGGAUUCAUGGGCAGGAACUGCACCCGGAUCCAGAUAUGUUGCGUUCGGCACAGAGGAGUUCGAGCUCCUUGGAACUGCCGACGUCAAGGAGUAGCUUGGUUGUGUCGGGGACGGCGUCCCCUGCUUCAUCGGCUCAUGGCUCGUUGGAGGAUCUGACGCUUGGAGCGGAGAUCAAGUCUCCGACGUCUUGA